AUGACCCGCCGCCCGCCGGAGUUGGCGAUCACGGCGAUGAUACCCCCCAAAGAAAAGAAGCCCAUCUGGCCAGUCGGGUCGUUGAAAUCUUCAGCAAUCAUAUCGAAGUUCUGCCAGCCGAGGGACGACCCUCUUAGAGUUAGCGGUCCCAAGCUCUCAAGAAGUUCCCUGAGCCCCGCUCGAAUACCACCCGUGGACAGCAUCGAUGCAACUGGCCUCAAAUCCGGCUCCGAGCUUUACUGGAAACGGUUUUCUCUGCAUGGUGCGGGGCCCGCGGAAGGACAGCCCUCGACAACUCUACCAGAGAAACCAGACAGAGGACUCAAACAGCUCAACUUUGUGUCGUCACGUCACGCACGACUCGAAUGA